CAUUGUAUUUUGGCAGGGAUAAAGGUGCUCGGAGGGUAUCUCGUGAUAUUUGACGUUUUCGAAGGUAGAGAUGAAUGUUAAGGCACAGGACGAGAAGAACACGGUCGUGCGCGAAAAGUUGCUCGAUCUACACGACGUUCACAUAGGAGAGGUUCCGCGGGACUCGCCGUGGUUAAAUACCGUGCGCGUACACUACACGCAAGUCGGUCGGCGCAAACAGUGGGAUGUGAUUAAGGUUCACGACAGUGUGAGUAUAAUAGUUUUCAACAUCACUCGGAAGAAGCUCGUGUUUGUCAAACAGUUCCGGCCAGCAGUAUAUUACUGGUCCUUACCAGAGAAACAAGACAACGUCGAUGUCGACCGUUAUCCUGCAACUUUAGGAUUGUCCCUGGAGCUCUGUGCUGGUAUCGUGGACAAGGAAAAACCUCUGGUAGAAAUAGCAAAGGAUGAGCUGAAGGAGGAAUGUGGCUAUGAAGCACCUGUAUCUGCGUUCAGCCAAGUUAUUACCUAUAGAUCUAGUGCUUCUGCCAGUGCAAAGCAAACACUCUUCUAUGUGGAAGUCACAGACGAUAUGCUCAUACAUCCUGGCGGUGGUUCCGAGGCCGAAGGUGAGCUCAUAGAAGUGGUCGAAUUUAGCAUUCCAGAACUGAAGAAUUAUAUGAAUUCCAAGGAUAUAAAGAGUCCCUCUAGUUUCCUCUUUGGCAUAUCCUGGUUUUUACUUAACAAAUCUGAGUACUGUCUUUAGAUUAAAACGAAAAAAAACGCAAAGAUUUUUCUGUUCUACUUUAUCUGGAAUAUAAAGAACUAUAAGUUAUAUGAAUAAAAACUAAGAUCUCUGAA